AUGAGUCUUGAAGACCUGGAGGACAUGGCAGUAAAAGUCCUGUAUGUCCGAUUCGACCUCAGAGACUCUCAGCAGCAGCAGGAGGAGAAGCAGCAGCAGCAGGAGCAGCAGCAGGAGAAGCAGAAGGAGAAGCAGCAGCAGCAAAAGAAGAAACAGCUAACUUUCGAGUCGGCUGAAUCGCUAGAUUAUAUAGCGAAAGAUGGCACAAAAAUUACUGUACCCGCAACGCUCAGGUGGCAGUGCACGGAGUUUCUAUUUAGAUCUGUUCCUCCUAGUGAGAUGGCAGCAGACGUGGGAGAGAGCCUUGUCGAACUGGUCAUUAGGUAUGGAUCUGCUGCUGCUGUUGCUGCUGCUGCUGCUGCUGCUGUGGAGAAGCAGCCCGGGUGUAGCCUUGAUUGGCUACUGACAGCAAAGAGUUCCGCGCACACUUGUGUUGCUGCUUCUGCUGCUUCUGGCAGCGCUGAAGACCUUACCGCUGCAGCUGCUCGCUGCGCAGCUGCCCUUCUGAAGCUCGGCGUGUAG